CACGUAACUCCCGCCUUGUUUUGGUAUCAAUGAGAGUGUUCCAGUGUUCGUGGCGGAUUGGUCAAUCAAUCAAUCAUUAAUCAUCCUUCCAAAAAAGAGGGACUAAAAUGAAAUUCUCGUGAGGAUCCUUAAAAAUAAAAACUUGUGGGGAAAUUGUGACUAUCAUUCAGCUUUUACCAUCUGCUGGUGGUGGUGGUGGCGGUGAUUCAUAGAAAAGAGAAUAUGACGAUCACUAUGCACUCGACGCCGGGGAGCUCAGGGUACCUUGAUUUGUACCCGGAGCGGAAGAUGUCAUUCUUCAAGAACCCUUUCAUUCUCGGGCUUGCUGCCGUCGCCGGCAUCGGCGGACUCCUCUUCGGUUACGACACUGGUGUCAUAUCAGGAGCUCUUCUCUAUAUCAAAGAUGAUUUCGAGCAAGUCAGAAACAGUAGUUUCCUACAGGAAACAAUUGUGAGCAUGGCAAUUGCUGGCGCAAUAGUUGGAGCAGCGGUAGGUGGUUGGACGAACGAUUUCUUUGGUCGAAAGAAGGCCACCCUCUUUGCUGACGUCAUCUUUGCUCUUGGAGCCAUUCUCAUGGCUGCUGCGCCUGAUCCUUACGUUCUCAUACUCGGACGUCUUCUCGUUGGCUUGGGUGUUGGUGUUGCUUCUGUCACUGCUCCUGUCUACAUUGCAGAAGCAUCGCCAUCUGAAAUAAGAGGAUCUUUGGUAAGCACAAAUGUGCUUAUGAUCACUGCUGGACAGUUUCUUUCCUACCUUGUCAACCUUGCUUUUACAGAGGUUCCAGGAACAUGGCGAUGGAUGCUCGGAGUAUCAGGUGUGCCAGCAGUUGUUCAGUUUGUUUGCAUGCUCUUUCUUCCCGAAUCCCCAAGAUGGCUAUUUAUAAAGAAUAGGAAAAAUGAAGCAGUUGAUGUGCUUUCUAAGAUCUAUGAUCUUGCUCGCUUAGAGGAUGAAGUUGAUUUCCUCACAGCUCAAUCGGAGCAAGACCGCCAGAAAAGGAAUAAUGUCAAAUUCUGGCAUGUUUUUCGAUCAAAGGAAAUCAGAUUGGCUUUCCUUGUUGGAGGAGGACUUCUGUUUUUUCAGCAAUUCACAGGUAUAAAUACAGUCAUGUACUACAGCCCAACAAUUGUCCAAAUGGCAGGCUUCCAUGCCAAUCAGUUGGCUCUACUGCUGUCCCUCAUCGUUGCCGGCAUGAACGCUGCUGGAACAGUGCUUGGCAUUUACCUCAUCGACCACGCAGGUCGAAAAAAAUUGGCUCUUUGCAGCUUAGCAGGAGUAAUAGUAUCUGUAGUCCUAUUGGCCCUUGCAUUCUUUAAGCAGUCAACAUCUUCAAGUGAGGUGUAUGGAUGGAUUGCAGUUGUGGGUUUAGCCCUCUACAUUGGAUUUUUCUCACCAGGAAUGGGGCCUGUGCCUUGGACCGUGAACUCGGAGAUAUACCCUGAAGAAUAUAGAGGAGUGUGUGGCGGCAUGUCGGCUACUGUUUGCUGGGUGUCUAACUUGAUUGUGUCAGAGACCUUCCUCUCCAUUGCUGAUGGUAUAGGGAUCGCUUCCACAUUCUUGAUUCUUGGUGGCAUAGCGGUGGUUGCGUUUCUGUUUGUGAUUCUGUAUGUUCCAGAGACCAAGGGAUUGACAUUUGAUGAAGUAGAAGUGAUAUGGAAGGAGAGGGCUUGGGGCAAGAAUCCCAAUCCAAACACACAAAGACUUCUUGAGGAGGGAAGUCACUCCUAGGUUCAUAUAUCAAUUCAUCCACCCAAGCAUUUCUCAGAGGGCACUUAUAUUAGUUGAAUUAGUAUUUUCUGCAUUAGCCUCUUCACUCACACGCCCAUAUGCAUGUGGUGCAUAUGCUAUGGUGAUUAUACUCUGCUGGCUACGAUGCUUUAUAUAUAUGGUGCAUAUGCUAUCUUGCCUA